AUGGGCAUCAUUCUUGCAUUUCUGCAUUGCCGAAGGCUUGCGGCUUUGAGGCCCGGGGGCUCGGGAUGCCACGGCCAAGCCAUGGCACACACCGGGAUCUUGAAGAGGCUCUUUAGUGAUAAGGGCUACUGUUUUGUCCACAGCGAGUCUGACGAGCGAGAUGUGUUUGUGCACUUCUCCGGGCUGCGCUGGCUCUGCAGGGAAGACAUGACUGAUGGGGCCGAAGUGGCCUUUGACAUCGGGGAAGACCCGCGGAGUGGAAGGACCAAGGCCAUCAACCUUAGGAAGCGCUGGGCCUGGGGGAGCGCCUUGGGCACCGGCGAGCAAAGUUCUGACUGGGUCCCGGGCCACAUCACGGAACCUCGCAGAGCCUCUGCUUCUGCUUGGGAGAGGACACCAGCGGACGGAAGCACGCACGAGUGGAACCGCGGAUGUCUGAGCAGGGCGGUACAGCUGAUGAGGACAAGACCUUUUGUUGGAAAAUCGCUGACUUUGACUUUACGAACUCGUGUUCCUUGCUUGGGUCGCCGACACAAGUCAAGAAGACGAGGACAAGAACGGUACCUUUUGGCAUGGUCUCCAGUUGAUCGAGGAUUCGGGUUUGGGGAGGAGGCCGGAAGACUCAGAGUUCAAGACGCCUCUCAGGAGCUUUUUCGGGCCAACCUGGCGGAACUCCACGGCACGUCCCUUCACAAAGCCCGCCGACAUGUCUUUCACCAGCUGGCUCCAAGAACUCAAGGCACAGGCGUUCCCUUUUUUUGCAGACUUCGAAGGACCAGCGCUCAACUGUCAAAUGUUGUGCUGAUGCCUCUUGCGAUUCGGCUGGUGCCUGCAAUCUCGCUUAAGGAAGCUUUGGCGGAUCGGCACACGGUCGUGAGGAUGGAUGUGGAAUAUGUGGAGGUCUCCGAGCUUCAGCUUCUUUCCAGGCUCCGAAACCGGAAGAACACCCGCUCUUCAUUCUUGAGUAUUCGGCCGGCCUGCUGGCUUUCGCGAGAGUUCUAUGCCCCUGCAAGCUGGCACCUGGAAGCAGAAACGUCACGAAGCAAAAAAUCUGGACACGGGAAAAACUUGGCGGCGAACCUGGACUUCAGCGUCAAGACUUUGCGCAGACAAGGUGGUUGGGGGACAUCCUGGACGUGGUGGUGCAGGUAUGCUUGUUCUUCCACCGUUGGGGGACUGCUUUUCGAUGUCGGCGGAUGGCGAGGUCUCUCGAUGUAUCAUGUCGCCAUGCAGGUGGUUCAGAUUCUGCUCCUUGUGACUACCCUCAGAGACGAGUUGCGCGAGCUUUGCUUCGGCAAGAGGGCUGAGGACGUUGCUUCCGAAGUCGUCGAUGCGACGGCAGAUGCGAAGGAACGCUGCAUGCGGUGCUUGAGGUGA